CCCUCACGCACACUUACACCCAUUCACUCUCCACCAUGGGCAGGGGACCUUUCAUCUUCCAGAUUGUCAUGUAUGUGAUCGCGAUGAUCAUAGCGGGCAUCGAGAUCGGCAUCUGCACGCGAUUCGUGGUGCGCGCCGCCGACGUCGACCCCGACAAGGAAUACGGUUGGAUCUGGAUGCGCUCCAUUGGGGGCAUCGGGCACGGCGCUGUCCUCUUCAUCUACUUCCUCACAUUCUUGUGGGCACACCGCCGCAACUACUGGAUUGUGCGCACGUCGACCGACCUGAUCCUCGGUGCCAUCUUCAUUGCCUCGUGCAUCCUCGUCGGCUAUUUCUGCGCCAUGAUCGCAUUCGCGCCCGCCGCACCCCUCCUCCUCAACUUCAUCGUUGAGGCCAUCACCGUCGGACGCAGCAAGGUGCACGGGAAAUGGCGCUUGUCGCUGUGCAAUGUCGUCGAAGCCAAAACGAAUGACUAUGCUUUCAACAUGAACCAGUCCGUCGGCACCGUGUACCCCGCCCCGCCCAGUGUGCAGACCCCGUUCGUCGGCCAGCCGUACGCGCCUGUGCCCAACCCAGGCCAGGUGGGCCAGGUGCCGCCGCCCGCGUACCCGUACCCAUAUGCCCAGCAGCACCAGCAGCACUACCCUUAGGCAAGGAAAGUAGAUGUUUUACUGAGGUGAGGUGAGGUGAAGCGAGGUGAGGCGUUCGUAAAAGGAUCGCACACGCGCCUGGACAUUGUAGAACGCAGGUAUACUCUGAAUGUAUUCACGGCUUAUCACCGUCACAGGAUAGGGAGCCCGG